CUCAGGACAGUUUCUCACCAUAUGAUAAUUUAUUUAAUUUGAAGAAAAUACCUAAAGCAGGAUCGACUUUAGGGUCCUGUAACUGUGAUUCAUUACCAUGGCCAGCAAACAUUUUUAUAAGUAUUUAUUUUCAUCUAAAUACAACUCUUUUAUAAACUCUCUCUCCUUGUAGUUUUUUGUCUCCCUCUCUCACCCUGCAGUGCUGCCUGAUGGUGAUGAAGCCUGAGCUGCUGAGGCACAAGUAGGAUGCAUCGCGGCAUUCCAUUGGUCAAAUUUGAAUGAUGAACACCUCAAUUGGACAGUCAGAGCCAAUAGAAUCGAAGGACAGGCUCCAAAAUCACGUCAACAACACCAUGGGCCCUGAAAAAAAAGAAAAAAGAAGGGGAACUGAUGGGGAGUAAUUUCGAAGUGACGCAGGGACAUUGGAUUAGCCGUUUUUUUGCUGAGUUACAGACAGAAAACUUGACAACACUUCAAGGCUCAGCGUCAGCAGUGCAUCUCGCAGCACGGGGUUAAUGUAGAGGAGGAGGUGUCGCUGAUGGUGGAGGCUGAUGGCUGAUGCCUCGCCCGUGAUGACGUACUCUUCUACCAACCUGAGGACUUUCAGCAACAUGCGGCAGAAGUCUCCUGUACAAACAACCAGCCUCCGUCUUGGCUGCUGCUGCUGCUGCUGUGGACUUUACUGCAGGGGAGAACAUUUGCAACAGAACGAGGGGAUGCUGUUUGGAGCGAAUGGACUAGAGCAGGUUUCGGCCGAAGAUGGCGUUGUAGGGUACGUGGGCCGCCGACGGCGGCACGGCUGUGAUAGAACAGUAGAAGAAGAAGAGGGUUGCAAACCGAAAAAAACAAAACAACAGUUGCCUUGGCGACAUGAAGUCUGCAGGACACAGAGCAACCAUCAGAGGAAGACAGCGGAAACAGCCGAUCAGUCAUGGCUCACGAGGCCUAAAAUCAUGUCGCAGCUCCCCGACGGGCCUGCGAACAGCCAGCAUCAAACGGCGAGCUCACGGCAGAAGUGUAAUCCAGCCCCGUCGCAGCUCAGUUUGUCGGGAUUUUCCUCCACUCGUCCUCUCCGACGCACUCAGCCUGGGCUGAGCCGGAAAACCCGGAAUUUUUUUUCGCCGCACACAAAAGCGGCCAGCGGCUCCGCCAACGCGCCCGUGGCUCUGAAGUGGCUCUGA